AUGUAUAACUUCCGUGUCAAGUAUAUCAAGGGGAAAAGCAACUGCGCCGCGGACGCUCUCUCGUGCUACCUAGCAUUAGCAAGUGCACCAGAGGACUCAGACGAGGCUGACGAUGAAGCAGUGUGCGCUGUCAUGGUCGCCGCGGCAGCAGAAGCCACUACAGACGACGUGGGUCAUGUGGUAGACCUACGUCAUGUGGAGGAGGAGGCAGUCAAAGAUGAGGAAUAUCAGCUCCUCCGUGAGUGCGUGGCCAAUGAUGGUUGGGACGAGCGGAAGGACGCCGAGCCGGCAGCGCUACGCCCGUACUUCAGGAUGCGGUGGCACUUGUCAUGUCAAGGCGACAUUAUGCUUUACACCAGCGAUGAGAGAUUCCCCCGCCUUGUCAUCCCAACCGCCCUCAGACGCACCGUGCUCGUCAAUCUCCACGCUUGUCAUCAGGGCAGAGACUCAAUGCUUCGCAGAGCCAGGCAGUCUGUAUACUGGCCCGGCAUCGAUGCAGAAGUGGAGCAAAAACGACGCCAGUGCCAGGUGUGCGAGACGCACACGCCCUCUCAACCAGCCGAGCCGCUCCUGCCCACCCCACCAUCCCAGUUCCCAUUUCAACAAGCCGUGGCCGACCUGUUUCACCUACAAGGCAAUGUGUACAUCGCAUACGCCGACAGGCUGACAGGCUGGCUAGAAGUUGAACACCUGUCUGGGGAAGCCACCAGCUCCCGCCUCAUCACGUUGUUCCGGCGGUGGUUCACACGCUUCGGCAUCCCUGAAGAGCUCUCAUGUGAUGGUGGCACCAACCUCACCAGCCACGAAUUGAGGAGGUUCUUGGAGGACUGGCGCGUCACCCUACGAAUCUCAUCAUCCCACUACGCCCAAUCUAAUGGGCGUGCAGAAGCUGCUGUCAAGUCGGCCAAGAGGCUGUUAAGAGGCAACACAACUCGCGGGGGCUCCUUAGACACCGACAGCGCUGCCAGAGCGAUCCUCCAGUACCUCAACACACCCCUGCAUGGCCUCGAUGCAUCCCCGGCACAGCUGCUGACAGGCAGACAGCUGCGAGACGCCAUACCCGUAGAGAGCUCCCGCUACCUCAUCAACGAGCAGUGGGGCAGGACACUGCGCGACCGGGAACGUGCCAUGAUCCAAACAUCAGUCAACUCAUCAAUACGGCACGACCAGCAAGCCCACAGUCUGACACCCUUGAGGCCCGGGCAGCGAGCGCGCAUCCAAAACCCAUCUAGCCAGCGGGCGGUGGGAUCGGGUGGUAACCGUGCUCGAGCUGUCCGCACCCCGUCAAUAUCUUCUAUGUCUAGACGGCAGUGGGAGAGCGUCCAUACGGAAUAG